GUCUCACCCGUCAAGCUCCAGACACCAAAAAUGGCCCCUUCCAAGACCACCUCCGGUUCCAAGGGUGAGUGCACAACGUUAUCUGGGACUGGUAUAGCGCACUGGGAUUGCCUGCCGCAAAUCUGCCAAUUCGGAGGAGCUAUGCAGGGAGAGAAGGCUGGCAGGGAACGGGAUACUUGAGCUCUCCGGGAAACAGGCCGCUGGAGAGGUGGAGAUGGCGGAAGGGCUCUCCGCGAUUCGAUCAUAAUUUCGAUCUACCCAGCGCGCUCUAGUCCCAGCUUCCACCCCAUUGAAUUUCCAACUAACUUUUCCCUAGCCGCUGCUAAGCCCCAGGAUGUCAAGGCCAAGGCCGCCAAGAAGGCCGCCUUGAAGGGUACCCAGUCCACCAACGUCCGAAAGGUCAGGACCUCCGUCUCUUUCCACCGACCCACCACCCUCCGUCUUGCCCGUGCUCCCAAGUACCCCCGAAAGGCCAUCCCCCACCUCCCCAGGAUGGACCAAUUCAGGACCAUCCAGCACCCUCUUAACACCGAGAGCGCCAUGAAGAAGAUCGAGGAGCACAACACCCUCGUCUUCAUCGUUGACCUCAAGGCCAACAAGAGGAACAUCAAGGACGCUGUUAAGAAGCUCUACGAUGUUGAGGCCGCCAAGGUCAACACCCUUAUCCGACCCGACGGUAAGAAGAAGGCCUACGUCCGUUUGACCGCCGACUUCGACGCUCUUGAGGUUGCCAACAAGGUACGUCUACUGUCUUCGUCCUUCGCUCGCCCAAAGCUAACCCUUGAUGUAGAUCGGUUUCAUCUAAUGGAUUCGUGUUGGGAUAGAGGUGUCUAGGAGGGCUUUACUUUUGGCGUCAUGCAUUUGGCUUCCACGACUAUCAGGCUCUUUACGAGUGUUUGAGAAUAUGUGGGGCUCUUGCACUAUAUGACGCGGCGGGACAGAUGGACAAGCGUUGGUGUGGGGGUCGUCAGACUGGGGUAUGUCUGUGGUAAGGUGCAGGGGAGGCGACGGAGCUGGGCUGAGCAAGACUUCAUACCCGUCGACACCAUUCAGAACUGACGUCCACAGCUUCCGAGCGUAUGCUGCAAUUUCCAGAACUGACAUGAUGCUGACACUCGUACUUUGUUUUGAGUACACUGACUUGUAUAUGGGAUUAUGUAUUUACUCCAUGCAUUCCUUGGAAAUCAAUAUCG